AGUCGACGGGAUUACCGCGGUGCUACCUCUUACGCUCCCUCUCCUCCUCCUCCACGUACCCCACCACCACCACCACCACCACCACCAGCGCGUCCUCCUGCCCCACUUGCUACAUUCACUGUGGCUGCCGCACAAUUGGGAAUGACGGCUUGUAGCACGCAUCAGCCAAUCAGAAUGGGACCUCCUUCAGGUCACUUAUCUGACCGCGGUCGAGAUAAUGCAGCUGCUUAUAGUCCCCUUCAGUGGACACGAAACUGCCAUGUGCUAGAUUACGGCAAAAUUAACCGUCGCAGGCUAAUUACCGGUGGCAGGUCGAGUGAAAACGGUUAUCACCAGUGCCGAUCUAGCGGCGAAAGGCCAGUGCAGCCGUCGCAUGCAACGCCAACUGCUCAGGCAAGCGGAGUUCGAGUGAUAAAAGUACAAAUCCAGGGGUCAAACUGCCUCGCUCUGCACAGCGGCUACUCGGAACGAGGACAGAAGGGAAGCAGGAGUUUAGUUAAUGUCCAGGACAGCUGCCGCCUCCUUGUUCUCCGCCAAGAACAUGGUUCGCUAAUUGCAUUAGCGUGUCAUUCGACCGUACGAAACAUGACGCUCGAAUGCACCUUUUUCACCGCGAUUCGGCUCUCAAGCCGUCGUGGUGCUUCCAACCGCUGCGAGGGCAUCGACGGAAGUGCUGGAACCCACUCCAGACUUCCUUCGGUGGAUGCUGCUUGCUGUGAGGGCCAUGAAUUACCUCCAGCCAUUGAUCUGUUUGAUUGUUGA